AUGACUCGCAGCAAGAAUCGUAAAAACAGUGGUCAGGACGGAAACUCACCUCUCAGCCCAACAAAUGUUAGCGAUCAGACUGAAAAACCAGGGGCACAACCUUCCUCCGGAUCAUCUGCCCCCUUCCCUUCUGAACCACCAUCAAAUACGGUACCUCCCUUACGUGCGACUAUGUCAUCACAUUCCAGCACCCACAUAUGGUCUUUGAUUCAAACACUCCCCGAAGAUCUACAUGUCUUCCUCGAAGAAGAUUAUGAAGCGAAAUACAAGAAGAUCUUGAAAGCUCAAUUUUAUCGAAUUUUAGUUCACUUUGACCCCAAGACGACAUCUCGUAUAUCACAUCUCAAAGCUGAUCUUAAUGCUGCCUUCAAAAAGAGCUUACGCCCACUACUUUCCGAGUUCAUGAUUCCCUGCCCUCCUCCCGCCAUGGAAACGGAUGAAGGUGACAAAGACCUCGAUUUCAAUCCUUUGGGCCGGAAAACCACCCGAAAGAUGCUGUUGGACGCCAUCAAACGCAAAGCUCCCAACGUUCCCAUACCUACUAGUGCUAGGCGCGGUGGAUUGCUUUUACUUUACAAACAGCACGUUGAUAAGGACCUGGUGAUCCCUGGUCAAACUGAGACCAUUCGAAAACCUUCAGUUUUGAAAGCGAAUGCGGUCAGUGGCGAGGACUCAGAAGAGCUUCGACUUGCCUUACAAUGCUACGCACCUCAAGUAUUUGUACAUUCCAUCCCCAUGACUCAUCAGGUUCUUGUGGAUUGUUAUCUACAAUUCAUCCUGGCAGCAAAAUUGGAGCCUGGAGCCUUGGUCGCCGGGUUUCAUUACUCAAUCAUAUCCUAG